AUGCAUUUCUCCAACAUCCUCCACUUCUUCUUUCUCCUCCUCCUCUUCGGCUUCACCACCGCACUCCCUGCAGAAAUGAGUUCCACCACGCAGAGUGCAGCCCUCGCCAACAACCGUCUCACGCUCGAGACGCGCGAUGGCGCUUGCAGCCCCAAGUGCAAGAAGCAGUUUGAUGAUUUGCAGUCUUGUCGGUGGAUCGAGUAUUGCAUGUUGAGUAAUCAGUAUAACAUCAAGGUUCGGGCUUAUGAUAACUGCUGUAAGCUUGUGCACCUGCCCAAUGCGGUUGACGAGAAGACGCGGGAGACUCUGGAGAAGUUGAAGGCUGCGGCUGGGUUUAAACCGAAGACUAAGACUGGUGGGGAGUGA